UCUUUUGCCUGUAGAUUUUCAGUUCAGGGAACUUGAGAUGAUGGUUGUCGAUAACUCUGCCUACUCAUCUCAGAAAAUUGUCUUUCAGGCAACAAAGUCUCACCAAUGGAACUUGUUUGCUCAAGUGAAACUUAUUUUGUUGGUUACUUUAGCUUCCUUGAUGUUGCCCUAUGCUGAUGCAUAUGACCCAUUGGAUCCUAAUGGAAAUAUAACCAUCAAAUGGGAUGUAAUGUCUUGGACACCAGACGGUUAUGUGGCUACUGUAACCAUGAGCAACUUUCAAAUGUACCGGCAUAUCAUAAGCCCAGGCUGGACUCUGUCUUGGUCCUGGGCUAAAAAAGAAGUGAUAUGGUCAAUGAAUGGAGCUCAAGCUACAGAGCAAGGAGACUGUUCCAAGUUCAAAGGAAAUAUACCACAUUGCUGCAAGAAGACUCCUACAAUUGUUGACUUGCUCCCUGGAGUCCCUUACAACCAGCAAUUCUCAAAUUGUUGCAAGGGUGGCGUGGUGGCAGCGUGGGGGCAGGAUCCUUCAGCUUCAGUUUCGGCCUUUCAGGUCAGUGUUGGACUUGCCGGCACCUCGAAUAAAACAGUGAAGCUUCCCAAGAAUUUCACUUUGCUAGGUCCAGGACCAGGCUACACCUGUGGCCCUGCAAAGGUUGUGCCUUCCACUGUAUUCUUUACCCCUGAUCAUAGGCGAAAAACACAAGCACUCAUGACAUGGAAUGUAACGUGUACUUACUCACAGUUUCUAGCCUCUAAAAAUCCAACUUGUUGUGUUUCCCUCUCCUCAUUCUACAAUGAGACGAUCACUCCUUGCCCGUCUUGCGCAUGUGGUUGCCGUAACAAAAACAGUUGUAUCAUGAGUGACUCAAAAGAAGCACACAGAAAAGGCAUAAACACACCAAAGAAGGACAAUACACCAUUGCUACAAUGUACGCAUCAUAUGUGUCCGGUUCGUGUGCAUUGGCAUGUGAAAGUCAAUUACAAAGAUUACUGGCGUGCUAAGGUUGCUGUUACUAAUUUCAACUACCGGAUGAACUACACCCAGUGGACCCUCGUCGUUCAGCAUCCCAAUCUCAACAAUGUCACCCAAGUCUUCAGCUUUGAUUACAAGCCUUUAGUGCCCUAUGAAUCCAUAAAUGAUACUGGUAUGUUCUACGGCAUGAAGUUCUAUAAUGACCUGUUAAUGGAAGCCGGACCAUUUGGCAAUAUUCAGUCUGAGGUGCUUCUUCGGAAAGACAGGAACACUUUUACCCUGAAGCAGGGAUGGGCAUUUCCUAGGAAGGUAUACUUCAAUGGUGAUGAAUGCAAGAUGCCACCACCCGACGCAUACCCAUAUCUGCCAAAUUCUGCCUAUAGAAAUCCAGUUACAUUUUUAACGGUGGCAGCUUCUUUGCUCUUGCUGUUAUUAUCUUGGUGGUGAAUAUUCUAUGGGGGAAAAUGAUAAAUCUUCAGAUCUCUUUGUAAGUUGUAACAGAUAACGCAGAGAAAUUUUGAAAAUCAGAACAUUUUUUUAUAACAGGGGUGAAUGACCAUGCGAAUAAAUAUGUUACAUCCAAAAAGGAUCAUGGAAUUUCUGAGCUGUUCAUUCUGCAUCAUUACAAAAAACAGAUUGUUUCA